ACUCUAACUAAACUCAACUAGGAAGAGGUUACAAACGAACGUCAAACAAAAGUUGUAGUAUAAAGAGUAGACUGUAAUAUAAUUUAUUAGCCUAUGUGAUUUUUUUUCUUACUUGAAAUUUCGUAUUCUGUAACUUUACUCAUUCAAUCUUAAGUUUAAUUUUACUGGAAAUAUUAUUAGGCCUAUCUUUUAGGAAUAAACUCAUCUUUAUAACAAUCAAGAUGGGCAAACCCAAAGGCAACCUUUCAGGUGCAGUUGCUAAAAUGAGUCAUGAGCAACGGAUGGUGAUAACCAUUGCAGAAAUAAUCCAAGAACUACUGCAGGCAGUACAUGAGAAGAAAGACGUUAAUCUAAACAGGCUGAAAACGCAAAUAGCCUCUAAGUAUGGUCUUGACACCUCCCCUAGACUAGUUGACAUAAUUGCAGCAGUACCUACGGAAUAUAAAAAGAUUUUAUACCCAAAAUUGAAAUCAAAACCGAUAAGGACAGCCAGUGGUAUUGCCGUGGUGGCAGUGAUGUGUAAGCCCCACAGAUGUCCGCAUAUCAACAUGACGGGCAACAUAUGUGUCUACUGUCCCGGAGGUCCGGACUCUGACUUUGAGUACUCAACUCAGUCCUACACUGGCUACGAACCAACGUCCAUGAGAGCCAUCCGGGCUCGCUACAACCCUUACCUGCAGACCAGGCAUAGAGUUGAUCAGCUACGUCAACUAGGCCACAGUGUGGACAAAGUUGAGUUUAUUGUGAUGGGAGGAACAUUUAUGUCUCUUCCGGCAGAAUAUCGGGACUUCUUCAUCCGUAACUUGCACGAUGCUCUGUCUGGACACACUAGCAACAGUGUGGAAGAAGCUGUCAAAUACUCGGAAAAAAGCAAGACAAAAUGUAUUGGCAUCACGAUAGAGACGAGGCCAGACUACUGCCUGAAGCGCCACCUCAGUGAUAUGCUCGGCUACGGCUGUACCAGGCUGGAGAUAGGAGUACAGAGUGUGUAUGAAGAUGUAGCCAGGGAUACCAACCGAGGACAUACGGUGAGAGCGGUGAGUGAGAGUUUCAACAUGGCCAAGGACGCAGGGUUCAAGGUGGUCGCUCACAUGAUGCCUGACCUGCCCAACGUAGAUAUUGAACGGGAUAUUGAACAGUUCAUUGAGUUCUUUGAGAACCCCGCGUUUCGAGCAGACGGUCUCAAGAUUUACCCGACAUUGGUGAUCAGAGGGACAGGACUGUACGAGUUGUGGAAGACUGGAAGGUACAAGAGUUAUCCUCCAAGUACUCUGGUGGACCUCAUAGCUCACAUUCUUUCUCUGGUGCCUCCCUGGACUAGAGUCUACAGGGUCCAAAGGGAUAUUCCAAUGCCACUGGUCAGCUCUGGAGUUGAGAACGGAAACUUACGAGAGUUGGCUUUGGCUCGUAUGAAGGACCUUGGAACAGACUGCCGAGACGUAAGAACUCGGGAGGUCGGAAUUCAGGAGAUUCACAACAAAGUGCGGCCUUAUGAGGUAGAGCUAGUGAGGAGAGACUAUGUGGCCAACGGAGGCUGGGAGACAUUCCUGGCCUAUGAGGAUCCUCAGCAGGAUAUACUUGUUGGUCUGUUACGUCUCAGAAAGUGCUCUGCUGACACGUUUCGUCCUGAACUCAAGGGUGCAGUGUCGAUUGUGAGAGAGUUACAUGUUUAUGGGUCCGUGGUGCCUGUGAGCGCUCGAGACCCUGGUAAAUUCCAACAUCAAGGCUUUGGAAUGUUGCUCAUGGAGGAGGCAGAAAGAAUAGCCAGGGAGGAACACGGUUCUACCAAGAUAGCUGUCAUAUCAGGUGUUGGGACUAGAAGUUACUACAAGAAAAUUGGAUAUUCACUGGAUGGACCUUAUAUGUCUAAGCAGCUGUAAUUUAUGUACUAAAGUAUAAUUAUGUUUAUAUUAACUAUUGCAAAAAGGUUUUA